AUGCGAUCCAUAUCUUAGGAUCAAUGAGUCAAAUAAUGUAUAUAAAAGCUAGCUUGAACAAGUUUAGUUUCUAUUAGUCAAGGAUUAUUCUGGUUUAACAACUCUAGCCAGCUGAGAUUGCGGCGUCUUGAACCCCAACCUCAGAACCGCGCUGAGCCGCGAGCGACGAGGCCCUCCCUCCAGCUACAUCUCACAAAUGCCUACCAUACAACCCCAGACGACACCAGCGCCCCAGUCUCCCCUCGUUGCCAUGUCUCCCGCCGUCGCUCCUCCCAGCGAGGAGCAGUCACACUUCAAGCUCCCCAAACUACGGCUUGAAGUGCGUGACCUCUCACACAAGGGGUCGUCCAUCUUCCUAUCCACAACGAACGCAGUGGACGCCCUCCAGAAGGCAUGCCAGUCCGUACUCAAGCUUCUCUACCUGUCCCCCCACGAGUCGACGACCAACGCUCCGCCCACACGCUCCGUGACGUUGAUAUUGAGGGACAUGCCAGGCGUAGCAUACACGACCGGGACAGAGCUGGACAACGACCACAAGGAGAUCCACCUCUCCCUGCGAUACGUAACGUCCAUCAGCCCCGAGACCCGCCAGGCAAAGGAGAUUGAGGGCGUCAUCACGCACGAGCUGGUACACUGCUUCCAGCACAAUGGCCAUGGAACGUGCCCGGGGGGGCUGAUAGAAGGGGUCGCUGACUGGGUCCGUCUACGGUGCGAUCUUAGCCCCCCUCACUGGAAGAAGGACGGCAGUGGGAAGUGGGACGCAGGGUACCAGCACACCGGCUACUUUCUCGAGUAUCUUGAGCAGCGGUUUGGGCAAGGUACUGUGCGUCGACUCAAUGAGAAGCUGCGCCUGAGACGGUAUGAGGAAAAGGCUUUCUGGACGGAGCUUGUAGGGCGGCCGGUCGUGGAUCUCUGGGAGGAUUACGGCAAGACGUUGGAGAAUGGUAAGCAUUCUGAGACCAGCUCACAGUGACAA